UGAAUGCGGUGACGCAUUGAACAAAUAUUACGGACACGUUCUACCAUAAUGCGCUGCACAAUUUGAUCUUUCUAAAACGGAGUCAAGCUGAAACUGAAUCGGAUAACGUUUAAAUUUACGCGUAAAGACAUCAUGCGUGAAUAACACACGCACGCAAAGGCACUUCAAGUCUGGCGUGAUUACGUAGUGAUGCUCAUGUCCGGGAUACGGACGGGACGGGAGUCCUCGUGACUGCGGAAGGAAAAGGGGGAGACCAUAGCUUUAUUAUUUAUCAUUCAAAACAAGCGGAUGCACAGUGGGAGCAACAUAGAGAGUUCUUCGCAGCAUGGAACCAGCCAACUGAGAGUUCUUCGCAACUGGUUCCAUGUUUUCAUUUCCUUUUGCUGUCGAUUGUUCCCUUUUCUCUUCUGAAACCGCUGUGCUUCAUGAGACGUGUUUUCCGAGUUCAGGUGGGGGCUCUGAGGCUCUCUAGUGGAAACCCGGUGAACACACACUUCGAUGAGAGCAGGACCUGUCUUGAUUUGUCCUCCUCCGCGGAGUAGCCAGAAGGCCGAAGCUGCUCCGCUCGCUCGCGGAUGCUGCAGCCACUCGGCCUGCUAAAGGCUCUGGGUACCGCAGUGCCGCGGUGAUGGGGAGAGAAGGACGGCAGGUGGGCGAUGGAGCGUACCAGAUCAAGGGAUGUUGGAGAAUGCAGAUGUACGACGCCAAGAAUAAAUGUUGACACAACAUAAGUGUGUCUCGUUGCGUUUUAACAGCUGUGGACUUAAUGUUAGACCCUAACUGCAUAUUUAAAGAAGUAUUUAUACAUGACAUAUUAAACCAAGUAGCAUAGUUCCACAAUUUAGGAAGUUUUUCAGUAGCCAUCAUCAUGCCCUCGCCGUCCGACUCCAGUAGCGUGGCCUCGAUGUCAGGGUCUCGAGCUUUGUCUGGGAGUCGCAGAGGAAUGUCUGGGCGGACCAGUGCGCGUGUGCUGCUCUACCUGGGCUUGUGUCACCUUGCACUUGGGGCCAUGGUGCUGGCCUUCAGCUUCACAAGCCUCGCCUUCACCUCAUCACCCCGUGUCAGACAGUCCUGUCCUUUCUGGGCUGGUCUCUUUGUUGUGGCGUCAGGAGUAGUGGGUGUGAUAUCAUGGAGGAGGCCCUUCACUCUUGUUGUUUCGCUGUUCAUGCUGCUGUCUGCAGUCUGUGUGAUUCUCAAUUUGGCUGGUUCCAUGCUCUCAUGUCAGAAUGCACAGAUGGUCAAAUCUUAUGUUACCUGUCAGGUGGAGAAUAGUCUGUGUCUUUGCUGUGACCACAAGCAGACAUGCCCUCCAACAGAAGAUGAGACACUAGUGCUCUACCAACAUUCAGACUGCCACUCUGUGCGUCACCAGCUCAAGGAUCUGCUGUUCAGUGCCUGUGGUCUUAGUAUUCUCUCUACCAUUAUCUGCACUCUGUCCACGGUCACCUGCAGCAUUCAUAUCUUCUCGUUGGACCUAAUGCAUCUACUGGCUCCUCAUCGGUCUCGCUCUGUUAACCCAGAAUGCACCACUCCUCAGGAUGCAUUUCUCAGUAACAUGAUGGACUUUGAGGAGUUUGUUCCACCCAUUCCUCCACCACCUUACUACCCUCCUGAAUACACCUGCAGCUCAGAGACCGAUGCACAGAGUGUCACAUAUAAUGGAUCAAUGGAGAGUCCAGUGCCUCUGUACCCAACAGACUGCCCUCCUCCUUAUGAGGCAGUGAUAGGUCAAAGGGCUUCCAGUCAGGCCACAGUGUUUGACACUCAAGCCAGUGAGCUGUCCGGAGAGAGAGGAACAUCCACAGCAUUCAGUGGGGAAGAUGACAGCUCCCCAUCUGAGGACUCCUGCCUCAUGGAAGUGGGUGUCGGUGUGCGGGGACGGCCACGGGGGGGCAGCGAGGGAGGGGAGGCGGGAGAGUACGCCAGCCUCCGUUCUUCCACACAACAUCCUGAGGGAAUGAUGGCCGUUCCUUCUGGAAGGCACUGUUUCAGAGGCGAGAGAUCCAACUCCUGCUCUUCCCCAAGCUCGCACAACUCCUCUACCUACAGGUCUCCAGUGUUGAGGCGUCAAGCUCUGUUGGCGAGUAGCUGCUCUCAUUUGGAGUUCUUAGCAGGAUCUAAACCUUCCUCUAUCCCAGAAAUCCGAGUUCGGCCCUGCACACCCUCCCGACGGGACUCCUCAUCUGCAUUCACUAACCCACCUACCACAGCCCCAUCAGGUCCUGCUCAAGACCGGCCGGACCACACAGUACCAGUGCUCCUUCUGCGGCCAGGUUUCCAUGAGCAUACUGGACGUGAAAGAAAAGACAGUGAUGGCUUCUUACCUCUCUUGAGGUCACACAGUGAACCAGGACUUAGCUCUUCAACUGACACAGGUGAUUUCAGUCUCUCAGGAGGCAAUAAAGGAGUCAGUGAGGGGGGAUCCCAGACCUCAUCAGAAACAGGGGUAUCGUCUGGAGCUGGUUUGCUGCCUCGCUCCUCUUUGGCACAUCCUGCUUCCCUACCCAGAAAAGGUAGCGUUAAGGCUGUAAGUACCCGGUUACCCACAAAACAAGUCCCAGCCACCUCGCUGCGUUUACCCAAAGACUGUGCACGCUCACUUGGAGACCUCAAGGCCACCAAAGUUUUAGUGCAACGUUUCCUGCAGAGAUCCAAACGUAACCUAACCCUUGCAACUGAACAUGCUGGAAACUGUACUCAGGGGUCUAAAAGGAGGACAGGAAGUGAAGGUCUGCCGUUAGAUCAGGUGCUUCGUAACUCUCUGGGGACCAACAGGGGGCAGCAGCAGCACGUCCACCACCACUGCCGUGGACACCAUCACUCCCACAGUGACAGUCGCCAUAAUGCCCGUCGCCAUGAUGAUGACCCCGUCAGAGCUGGGGGAAUCCACUUGCGUAGCUGCGGAGACCUCAACUCGACAUCCAUUGCAUCACUGCGCAGACUCCACCCACCGUCACACGGAUCAUCAGGGGCUCUUUACUCAGAAUCUGCCCUCUGAAAGGUUCUGGAAUAAAUCACUGCUGGAUUUAGCAGAGAAAAUUUGAGGAAGAAUAACAGGUGGGAAAUAGGUUUUAGAUGAGGACUUUACCUUGCAGAAAGGGUGAUUUGAAGGGUGUUUGGAAAACAGUAUAUGUACCAUUGGUGAAGUUCUCAGCUGUUCUUACCGUAAUAAAAGACUGAACAGUACACCAGAUAUAAUGGAGUUCAACCCUUCAGACCUGCUGCUCUCUGUGCCAGACAAACUCUGGUCCAUCUGUUUUAUAUUUCCCUUUCUGUUUGUCUCCAUUUAGUGCUUUUUUUUCUCGCUCACUGUUUACAUGGAUGUGGAAAGAAUGCAGAAACUCUGACACUGUUCUUUGUCUUCACAGCUCAUUACAAUACACUCAUGCAACUACAAACAUACAACCAUAUGUUUGGCAGUAACAAUGUUUUGAACUUGGGGUAAUUUAAAGGAAUUAAAUAAUUAAAAGGAAUUAAGGGAUUUCAAUGGAUUUAAGGGAAUAAACAAAAAAAAAAAAUCAGUAAAAGUAAUAGCAACAACAAAAGAAAGAUAUUUGCAAAUAUUAUUUACAUUUAAAAUAGGGACACAUUUUAUUUUUUUGGUAUGCCUAGUAUGUCGAAAAUGUAAAAUGUUUCAUAUUUCGUCACAUUCAGUUGAAUCACAGAAAUGAUUCAGAAAUUCAAAAUGAAAAUUCAUCAUUGUAUUUUACUGUCAGUCAUUUAGCAAAGAUAUUAAAUGUCAGAUAGUAAAUGUUAAAUACAUUCUUUCACUGGAAAAAAACUGAAGAUCAGCCUAAGAUGUAAUGUUUUAAAACUUUUUGUCAUCUGAACAAUGAACGGAGCAACGUAAAGAAUAUCAAAUAUUGGGAAGGACAGUUUGGCCAUUUCUAAAAUUGGAUUGUGGAUCAUGGUUACAGCCCUGCAAACAUAAAUACUCAAAUGUGGUAUUAACUCUUUUGUAACAAGAGUUACCACUAAACACUUUUCACUAACUGACCAUAAAUAAUUCAAAAAUCAUCUUCCAUAAAUAACCCGGCUGUUUAACCUUGCAUUGUCUCAACAGCUAGGGUUGAUGCAGCAAUGGAUUCACUGGCUUAUUUAUUUUAUUUAUUUAUUGUAGAAGUGCAUGCCCCCCCCCCAAACAACUAAGAUAUUUUAAUUGGAGCUUUGAUCUUUUGCAUCUGUCUGUCUCUCAAGGUGUGGACUCUAGCUUCCCAGCCUGUGUAAUACUUUCCUAGAAUGUCUCUGCAUGUAUUGAGAAGGCUUGUUGUGUCUUUUUGAUUGUACACCAAAUGCACUAACACACACAGAUACACAAACAUGCUUGGGACAAAACUAGAUGCCACUAAUGCAAAGAAACUUAAGGGAAUUUUGGAUUUUAUAAUACAGAUGAUUCUCUGGCAAUAAAAAUACUUGCACAGUUAUGUAGUCAUUGAACUAUUUCAGGAAGUUGGGACCUUGUAUUGAACGAUACCUAUGAAAACUGAACGCUCAAUGGAACUCAGAAAAUGAUCUGUCGAUCUGAUAUGUUCAAGGACUUUUCAGUUUUCUGGACAAUUUGGGAAUAAUGCAUUGGAAAGUUAGCCCUGGACUUCUGGUGAAUCUGGCUCUGUUGUAUUUGGAAAUGGAUGUACAUCUGAAGGAAUAAUUGCAGUUGUCAAUUUGUCAAUUGUUUAGAAGUGCUUUUGAAUGCAAGCUAAUGGCUUUGAAUCAGUAGCAAUGUUGCUAAAUAAUACAUUCAUACUACAUGUAAAUAACUUUGAUGCACAUACUCUCAUGCUCACACACAUUCUGCAACUUUGAAGCACUGAAACCAAGUCUGGAAAAGAGCUUGAUAUUCUACCUCUUGUAUUGCAUACACUGACAUGUUAUGGCCCAGUGAAAUGUUUUAAUUAAUUUAAUGAUUUUAUGGACUAUUUCUGAAAAUACUUCUACACUGAUUGAUAAAAACACUGUUAUUCUGGGAAUGUGAUGCCUAAAAAGAACAUUUAUAACAGCUCUUCAUGAACUUUUGAUGCAAGUUAUGUAGUUACAACAAUAAAUAUAUGCAC